UACAUUCAUUCUUCAGUGCGCUUUCACUGGAUUCAAACAAAAUGUGGCUAGGAUCUGCUUUCGUCUCCGUAGUCUUAGUGGCUGUCUUGUCAACAGUUUACAGUGAGGAGUACAAUAUUGGAGCACCCAUCGCAAACGGCUCGCCCAUUUUGAAUGAAAAAUGCCCACAUUACGACGAUCCCAAUCACACUGUGAUGUUGCCGUAUCCCAACGACUGUCGCAAGUACUACACAUGCCAGAACGGACUGGCCUUUGAGCACCAGUGUCCUGCGAGUUUGUACUGGAGCCAGACGACCUAUCGAUGUGACUACUUGGAGUACUCCAACUGCAAUUCAAUUGAUCAUCCCGGUCCCAGCGAUGAGGUGGUGUACAGUCCGUUUCCGGGAGACUGUAGUCGAUUCUACGAGACGCGUGCUCUACAGUGUGAGCAAAACCUGCAGUGGAGUUCAUUGUAUCAGCGCUGCGUAGCUCCACAGUAUGCCAAUUGCCAGAACUCGGAUGCGCCUGGGGUGCCAUUGCCACCCCUCGAUCCGAUACCCACUGCUGCCACUCCGCCAACUGAUAGCUGGACUCCACCAAGCACAACCAAGCUACCAAUUGAUGUCCAGUCUUUGUGCAGAAACAGUGUUUCCAAUGCUUACAUUCCCUAUCCCGCCGACUGCCAAAAGUUCAUCCAUUGCGGCCCAACAGCUACUGUGCUCACCUGUCCAGGUAACUUGUAUUGGAAUCCACCCCAGCUUUCCUGCACCACCUCCAACUCUGUUUGUGCCCAGUCACCUUAGUGGGACGAUAACCAAAACCCACCAAGCGAAAGUCAUGGAAUUACAACAUUUUAUUGAUUAAUUUUAUAAAAACAUAUAGUUCACAUAA